AUGUCCCCUAGCUGGAAAGCCUUUCUGGCAUAUUUGUACACUCAAGAGAUAUCCUUUGCGUCUCUCAAGUCUAAUGGAAUUCCUCGAACAGCAACUAAAGAUGUAUGCUCGCCAAAGUCGAUGUAUCGCUUGGCUGUGAAGGCAGACCUUGAAAGCCUGAAAGAGAUGGCGUUCAAAAAUAUUCGUUCGCAGUUGACACCGAGUAACAUUGUCACCGAAGUCUUUUCGAAGUUCGCCUACCAGCACCCUGACAUACUUGAUAUGGAGGUUCGGUGUUUGAUCGAGAAAUUUACUGACCCUCUGGUAUACCCUCAGUGGGAAAGGAAAAUGGAGGAGGUUGCGCGCGGCGAUUGUCCCCAUGGAGCUUUGGUGGUAAACCGGGUCAUGCGUUUGACUCUGUUAGAGCGGGCAUCAUUGGACGAGAACUUACAGCCUUCUGCAUGUUAA